AUGGAUGAAAUUAAAAAAAUGUUACAAAAUAUACAAGAUGACAUUCAAAAACAGAAGCAAGACAUGAAAGAAAUGGAAGAAAACAUUAAGGAGUCAAUAAACAAAAACAUAGACCAAAAAUUUUCCUUAAUUGAAACCAGAACAAGCCAGCUGAAAGAAAAAAUUGAAAAACAACAAAUAAUUAUAGACCAGCUAGACAACAAACUGAGGAAGAAAAAUUUAGUAUUUUUCGGGGUGCAGGAAGUAGAAAGGAACUACGAUGCCUUGGUCAAAUUAAUAUUAGACAUUAUAAACAAUAAAAUGGAAAUAAAGUGUCAAUGGUGGGAAAUAGAAAACGUAAGUAGAAUUGGCAAAAAAAGUGAUAAGGUUAGGCCGGUGAUAGUCACUAUUACAACAAUAGGUAGAAAAUUGGAACUGAUUAGAUGUAAAAAGAAGUUGGAAGAUACAGGGAUAUAUAUUAAAGAAGAUUACUCCCCGGCUGUCUUACAAAAACGGAGAGAACUCCAGGAAGAGCUUAAAAGGGAACGGCAAGCGGGAAAAAACGUAGCACUGCGACAUAACAAGAUUAUUACUUUAAAAUCACACCCAGCAGGAAAUCGUACACCUAAUGACAACCAGUCAAAAAAACGGAUGCUGUCUGAAUCUCCCGACGCUGUUGAGGUAGUCAAAUCCAAUGAAGAGAAAACAAAACAACAAGCCAAGAAAACGAGGCCCCAAAGCAUCACAAACUACUUACGCCCACCCCAACUAAACCUAUCCACCAACGACAAUAACAACGACGACCAAAAAACUAACGAGCGCCUCCCCACAAACAACACCUCCUCCAAGCCGGCUGGUCCCCGUGGAGGAGUAUGA